AUGGCGCGGAGCCCGGAGGCUCGAGCCCCGCAGUCUCCGCCGAGCCCGGGGCAGCGCCCGGGAGUGGGGCGCCCGCGGGUCCCCGGGCACGUGUGCGGCGGGUCCGAGACCCCGGAUCCCAGCUGCCCGGAAAGGUCACGCCGCUCAGGCGCGGAGGCCCGCCCGCUCCCCACUCCCUCCUCCCGGCCAGUUCCCUGCAGCCCGCGAGCGCCCGGCGGGGCUGCGCUCACCGCCGAGCCGACCGGCUGCGUCCUGCUCGCGCUCCGCCGCCUGCUCUCGACUCUCCCUGGGCUGCGGGGGCGGCCGCUUCACACACACGUCGGCGCCAGGCCUGCCCUCCGCCCCGCCUCCCGCGCCGGACUGCUCCCUGCAGGCGGCCCCGCGGGCUCAGGAGCGCCCCUGCAGCCGGGGCGGGCUGCGCGGGGCCGGCCUGGGCCGGUGAGCCUCCUGCCCGCCAGCCCCCAGCCGCGCGCCGGGGAAGCGGAAAUCGGCGCGGUGCGGCGACGCGCUCAGGCCAAAAGGCCGCCCCUCGCCGGGAGCAGGCGGGGCUGGCGGGGCUGGCGGGGCUGGCGGGGCUGGCGGGGCUGGCGGGGCUGGCGGGAGGGCUGGGAGCCCAGGCCUCCACGUUGCUUUCGUGCCUCGCGGUUCCCGGAAGCGCUCGAGCAUUAUUUGGUUAAAGAAUCUAAUCAACACUAUCCUGCUGGAGGCUCCAAUACAGUGACUUACAAGUUAUUUCACCAGUACCAGGCUUUCCUGUGAACAAUCCUACGAUCAAAGCAUCAGUCACCUCCCUUGCAGGCUCAUUGACAACUUUUUCUCUCCCAUCUCUGACUUCAAGCCAUUUCAGCAUCUGUGAAGAUCUAAUUUUAACCAAGGAAAAGGAAACCAAGGACAAGAAGGGCAAGUAAAAUCCAAACCAUUCUAUUUGUUUCUCACUCUUUUUUUUUUUUUUUU